UUUGACUUCGUCUUUUCCCACGCUAAACAACGAAACCAAAUGUGAGAAAAUUUGCAUGGGUCAGAUUGCUACAGUGGCAGCGUUGAUUGUUAAAAGAUUGUCAGACAAACAUUCGGAGAGGGUGUUUGUCGUAAACAAAAAACAAUCCCGGGAAUGGACACUCUUGAACAAUAUUUCUUGGUCAAAAGAGGGCGACGACUUCAGUACUCUCACUUUUCUGGGAUACACCUUUAUUUCAGCCGUUUUACUUCUCACAAGAAUUAUUGAUACAACCUCGAACUAUGGCACUGCCGAAAUAAUUCUGUUGACCUGUGGAGUUAUAUUUUUCACCAUAGAGGGUCUACUGAUAUUUUUUACAGUGGAACAGUUACCCGAGGAUCUUCUAAUUUAUGCCUAUUCCCUGGGAACACUUUCUUUCAUCUGCGCCGCUUUGUUUGCUCUGGACCUAAUGCUGUUCAAAAACCUGUUAAAAGUUAAGAAUUCAACAGUCCAAACAGAUCAAUUGAAGGAUUCCUCAACAGUUGCCCUAAAAGUCUACAAUUUGUCGCAAGAACCCAAGACAAACUGUUGCAACCAACGUCCCCAGACACAGAUCAUAAAUGAAACGAAUAGGAAAUAUUUACGAACAGAUUUAUAG